AUGGGAGAUUUUAAUGUUCACCAUUAUGCGUGGGGUUGCUCAUAUAGUGAUAGAUAUGGUAAUGAACUAUUGGAAUCAAUUGAAGAAAACAAUUUAUUUUUAGUGAACAAUGGAAGUCCGACUCUGGUAUUCAAAAAUACAAAAACGGUGGUUGAUAUAACUUUAUGUUCAUCAGAAAUAAUAAAUAAGAUAAAGUGGGAAGUGCAAAAGGAGUCACUGGGAUCUGAUCAUUUUCCAAUCCAUGUUGAACUUAAUGUGAAAAAUGACAAAUAUAUAAAUACAUCAGUAAGAAAAUGGAAUUGUAAACGAGCAGACUGGGAUAAAUAUAAAUCCGUUAUAGAAGAAAAAUGCGAAAAGAUAGAUAAUUCUACAACAGAAGUUAGUUAUAGUGAAUUAUUAGAUUGGAUUGAUAGUGCAGCUAACAGCAGUAUACAAAUUAAUAAGGUGAGGAAUAAAACCAGAAGACCAAUGUGGAAAGUUUUCAAAAUGGUAAGAUCUAUGCUAAAUAUGGGUGAAUCGGGAAAUGUAUCAAAAUGUAGUGAUGAUGUAUUAGAUGUUCUAGUAGACAAAAUAGCACCACCAGGAGUUAGUUACAAUAUUGAUGAAGAUUUAAAUGGGUAUGCGGAAAUGGAAAAUGAUUUAUUAAGUAAACCGUUUACAAAAUGGAAACUAGAAAAAACCUGGAAUAAAAGAACGGAUACAGCGCCUGGAUUAAAUAAUAUUCAAUAUUCAAUGUUAAGAAACCUCCCAGAAAAAGGUAAACAAUUAUUACUAAAGAUAAUUAAUAAAUAUUGGAAGAGGCCUGAAUUAAUUGAUGACUGGCAUAUUAAUAAAGUGAUUUUAUUAAGAAAACCAAAUAUAAAUAGAAAUGAAAUAGAUGCCUAUAGACCAAUAACUUUAAGCUCGUGCAUAGCCAAGAUAAAAGAUAGAUUGAUAAAGAGGAGGCUAGAAUGGUGGUUGGAACAUAAUAAAAUAUUCCCAAGAACUCAAUUUGGUUUCAGAAGAAAACAUAGUACAAUGGAUAAUUUAAGUAUAUUUAUUAGUGACAUAUAUUUGGCAUUUUCUAAAAAUACAUAUGUUGUAGCACUAUUUAGUGAUAUAAAGGGAGCUUAUGACAAUGUAAUACCUAAUAUUUUAAUGGAUAAAUUAUUAAAGUUAGGUUUGUUUCAUAUACUGAGUCCUUUAUUAUAUGCUUUAUAUGCUUAUGACUUAGAAAAAAUUUGGGUACCUGGAACAAAGAUCUUACAAUAUGCUGAUGAUGUUGUGAUUUAUGUAGAAAGGAAAACAUUAAAAGAUGCUUUGGAGAUUAUGACAAACAAUAUUGAUUUAUACAAUUUAUGGUUGAGCAAAAAUGGUUUAACAUUAUCAGAAGAAAAAAGUACGAUUGAUAGUUUAAGUUGUGUAAAUAGAUUAGAGAAGUUCAUGAAUACAAUAGAAUUUGAAGAAAAAAUAUAUUUUGAAAUAUUGAAUGAUAUAGAGAUAAUUACAGGGAUUGGAAAUAACAUAAAUAUUGGAUGGGUACAAGGUCAUAUAGGUGUGGAAGGAAACGAAAAGGCUGAUGAACUGGCAAAAACAGCAAGUAGGAGAGAUGGAAAGAAGUAUGGAGAGAAACAUCGCAAAGAAAAGGAAGGCAUUACAAAUUAUAUAAUGACUGUUUAUCGUUUAAACCAUGGUUUGAAGAGUUUAAAAAUGAAGAAAGAAGUUUUAUUGUCACCAUCAGUCGGAUAA